AUGUUGUCAACAACUCAAUCGUUAGCGUGGUUAUCGCGAACUAAUGCUAUAAGUCUGAAAUAUGCUUGUCGAGGACUAACUGUCAGCUCACAAUGUACUUCGGAUAAUGAAAUGUACCGUUUUCGAUCGCAUGUUCUUCAACAAAAAGAGACUAAAUUAGCCAAAUAUGGUGGACGUCAAAUGGUGACGUUGCUUACAGGCGAUGGUGUCGGGCCAGAAAUGAUCAACCAUGUCAAGCAUAUUUUUGACCAUGCUGAUGUUCCGGUGGACUUUGAGGAAACCCCAUUAAGCUCCGAUAUGACUCAUUUGGAUACUGAUAUGGAAUAUGCAUUGUUAUCGAUUCGACGAAAUGGAGUAGCUCUAAAAGGCAACAUUGAAACUAAAUUUGAUGUUCCGCAGUUUAAAUCAAGGAAUGUUGAAUUGCGGCGACGUUUGGAACUUUAUGCCAAUGUUUUGCACUGUGUAAGCAUACCUUCAAUUCCAUCACGACACGGCGAUCUGGAUAUAUUAGUGAUAAGAGAGAACAUGGAAGGUGAAUAUUCUGGACUUGAACAUGAGGCCAAAAAAGGAGUCGUUGAAAGUUUGAAGAUUGUUACACGUACAAAUAUUGAACGGAUUGCUCACUUUGCAUUCGAAUAUGCAGUAGCUUACAAAAGGAAGAAAGUUACAGCAGUUCACAAAGCUAAUAUACAAAAACUCGCGGAUGGCUUAUUUUUGAGAGUAUGCAAGGAAAUAGCGGAGAAUGAAUAUCCACAGUUGCAGUUUGAGUCAAUGAUUGUUGAUAAUGCAUCGAUGCAACUCGUUUCUCGCCCACAACAAUUUGACAUUAUACUUUUGCCCAAUCUUUACGGCAACAUAAUUUCUAAUAUAGCUUGUGGUCUUAUUGGUGGAGCAGGAUUAGUGUCAGGUGUGAAUGUGGGUUCCAAAUAUGCUGUUUUUGAAACGGGGACAAGAGGCAGUGGCACUAAAAUAGCUGGCAAAAAUAUUGCGAAUCCAACUUCCUUCAUUCGAGCUAGUGUAGAUAUGUUGAAAUAUUUGGGAUUGGAUAAUUAUGCAAAUCUGAUCAGUGAUUCCUUGUUUAUUGCACUCACAGAACGACAUAUGCACACUGCUGAUAUUGGAGUGGAUAUGUUUACGCACUUCUAUAUUUUAUAUUUUUCUUUUCUUCCGAAUGCGGAAAUUAUUCCUCGAACUUAUCUUCGUCAUUAUCUUUUCCUGCGAAGUCAUUCCCUUUUUAUUUCACAUUUCCUUCUCCAGCAAAGUUUCAAGGGAACGUUUGAAAAUACAUCAUCGACUUCAAGGGCAAGCUCUGCCAGAAUUUCACUAUGGGACGAAGAAUCACGAAACAGUCCAUGGAAAAGUUUGGCAAUGUCUCAGUUAUUUCCGUGGAGUGCUAUAUCACAUGAGCAAACUCAUCAUGAACAACAACAACAACCAGCACAUCACAUAAUGCUGCGAUCCGCAAAUCAUUUCAAAAAUUGUUAUUUCUCACCAAUUCAAUGUGUACUUGUUGAAGAUCAAUAA